CGACCUCAGCUACUCCAUCCGGGAUGACUGAUUAGAAACCAUUAGUGAGUGUUAAUGCCGCUGACAAUGCAGCUUAAACAAUACAGCGCUGGCGCCAUAUUCGUUUGCAGUACAUCCUUCAAUCCGUGCUGGUAUCGUCGUUUUAACAAAAGGCGUGUCAGUCCCAAUCAACGAAGCAGCAUACAUUAUUUGUUUGACGGAAAGAGUCAACAUCUACAUAUGGAAAUCCCAACGACGUAUUAGUACGUUACACCGACCUUACUGCAGAACAAGACUUGGGUGAGCCUUUUGUGGACGUUAUUUUACCAAAUCAGUGGGACUCUUCUUCAUUGGUACUUUUCUUCUAUCAAUAGCUGUAAACUGCAAUAAGGUGCGUGGACGAAAAAGUAGGGAAGAAUGUAGACUCUAGUGCAUAUUAGUUUAAAAGUUUCAGAUAUUGUGGAAACAGUCAUGAAACUAUACGUGAUGGCGUUCCUUGCCUUCUCAUUUCUGGCGUUUGUCUCGUGGUCUGAGGCCGGGACGUUAACGAGCGGCACGGAUCUUCCUGACACUCCUCUCGUGCGCCAUGCCGACGCUUGUUAUGAAGAUAUUCUGUCAGAACCAACGUUCGUGAGCGCUCUGGAUAAAUUCAGCAAUUGUUUGGACAAAUUUUGUGGCCAGAAAAACUCACAGGGAGAAUUCACUUCUCGUUGUGGACGCAUCAACGGACAGAAAGGGCAGGCUUCCUCGACCAUACGCCUUAAGCCCGGUAUUAUCGAGACCCUUAACUUUACCUUCGAAGACUUCGAUGUAGAGUAUAGUCCAGGGUGCAUUAACGACUUCGUGGCAGUCUACGACGAAAAUUCGGUAGAAAUUGGCCGCUACUGCGGACGGCAUCCGCCUUUUAGCGUCUACUCUACCGGUAACUUCAUGCGACUAUCUCUUAAAACAGACCGUUCUAUAGAGGGUCGGGGGUUUGACGGUUUUUAUGAUACUUUCGCCAAGGACAAAUAUUUGAGGACGAGGUCGACAUUCGAAAGGUUUGACGAUGACUCAGUGGAAGCUCAUACUUUUUCUGUGGAUAACUCUACGCUGGUGGCAGUGGCGGCAGGACGGCGGUAUCAUGAGUGGCUCAUACGGACCAAGGUUGGAAAAAGGCUCCGUCUUUCAUGGAACCUAAACUCAACGUUUUUGAACGGGACGGAUAUAAUCAUCCACAGAGGUCCCUCAGAGUAUGGGGAGAUAGUGUUCCCAAUGUUGGAUAUCAGUUCUAAUAACAGCUUCAGCGAAAACAACAGCAUGCCUGGUAGCUCCAUCCUGGUUGACUCGUUUCAGGUUUUUGUUAAAGUGUUCGAACCGGUUGACAGCUCUGGUGACUUUGCCAUGAAUUUUACAUACAAAAGUCUGCCCGUUUUGAUAGAUUGUGAGGAGAGCCACAGUGAGGAACAAGGCCCACCUCAGUGUAGGAAGGUCGGAGAUAGAUCCCAGCUAGGCCAAAGAGACCGGUAUCUGUCAACAGAUGACGUCGCGGCACGCACUGUCACAGUCAGAGACGAUCCUAAAGAAUACGCGUUUGAAUCUAAAAACGAUUCUACCUACCUGGUAUUCCGGUUUGGACUGGGUGAUCGUAACGGCUAUCGUGUUUUGAGCGUAACAAUCAACCAAAUAGAUUUUUCUCCGUACUCGUUUGAUUACUGUGGAUAUGGUGGAAUUGUUAUUAUUGACAGCGAUGAUGUUGACAGUAGGGAAUACUUGUUUGGGGAGGCACCACUGUGUGGAACAGCUAAGGAGAACAGUGCACUACUUAAUCAAAAGCUGCAGUCGAGAAGCAGGUCCUUAAUCAUCAUCAUCUACCACGAGCCAGUAGGCGUCCUCACAAAAGACUUUACUCUUAAAUUCACUGUAGCGGCUUCAAAAACUGACGGUCCGCAACACAAGAUUCAUCCUCUGAGUGCUGACAACCAGAAUCCCACCCCGACACAGUACCAAAUAGAAUAUGUUGAACACAGAGAGAAAGGAAAAGGGAUCACUAUAUCGCUUGUCAUCAAUGAGAAGACGUUCAACUAUUCCUACGUUGAGAUCUAUGACGUUGGAAUGAGGAUGGGGCAAGCUGACAAUUUUACAAUUGUGAUCUCGGCCAAAGAAAGCAUAGAUCGUCUGAUAAUAACCUCUGAAUUUAUCGACGCAGACGACCGAAAGGACUGCGCCAGCGCCCUGUUUCUUCUUGAAGGCGAAACAAUCGUCAUGCCGAAGAGAAUGGUCGCAUACAAUGUUACCAUAAAUUACUUCAACAAUAGACAGUGCGGGUUUAGCAAACACUUCAUCAAAAUCCGAGCAAGAGUUAGCAAUAUAUCGAAAUCUGUUUGUAACUUAAAACCAGAAAUAUACAGAGAGAGGACGCAGAGCUUCAUCUUUCUCCCCCUUAUUUGUGGCGCCGUCUCCCACUGCAGUUACUCGGGUAAACUCAACGGAGUAUAUUACCAAAUGGUCAUUGGGAUGGGGGAUGAUUCUCAAGAGGGAGAAUAUUAUGAGAUGUACUUCAGAGACCGUUCUGCGAUGCAGACAUGUGACGAUGACACGGCUGGUGGAAGCAGCGUCUCUCUCCUAGAACCCAGAUAUAAUAUCACGGAGUUCUGUAGGUUAGACGUGCCCGUGUGCAGGCGAGGGAUUGCCGCUGUGAGCAGAAACGAUACUCCUUAUACUCACCGCACCAUUGGGAGUUAUAAGAUCCGCGUUGAGAUGAUACCAAGUGCAUCAAGACACAAGGAUAUCAGUUUUUCAUUUAACUUAUUCACCUACAAAUCACCACCUCUACUGGACAAUGAAGAGAGGAAAGAGAACAAAAGCUGUGCUCCAAACUGGCAGCUCUGGAAUGACAAGUGCUACAAAGUUUUUCCAAAUGAUAAUUCGACGUUAACGUGGAUACCGGGUAAUCGCACCACGUGGAAUGCAGCAAAUGAGCAAUGUGAACUUAUAGGAGCAACGCUUGUAAGCAUUCGGAGCUCAGAUGAAUUGGAUUUUCUGAUGUAUAUGAUGGCUACGAAGUGGAAAGACGAUAUUAUUCAUGCGGAUAAAUACAUAAUAUUCAUUGGGAUAAACGACAACAAGAUAAACAAAAAGUACACGUGGCUUGACCAAAGCGUGAUGGGGUUUGCAGAUUGGUACAACUACCAAGAAAACCGGUAUCUUUUGGAAGGGCGAUUGCUUUUAGAAGAAAAUCAGCCUAUCUGCGACGGGAAGAAGAACACUGUGGCAACCGCUAUUAGCGACCGCGCCCUCGUAGACAUGGAUAAACUGCAGCCAUUUAGCCACGAGGCUACACGGUGCACGGCUAUGGUCUUUACAGACACACACACAUCUACAAACUGGAUCAAGAUACCCUGCGAGUUUCCAUUCUGCAAGGCCAGUUUCAUAUGCCAGAAAGACACCAAUGAUAGGAACAUUAUUAAUAGAUUUCCUGAGAUGAAAAGUAAAACAGCUUACACCAGCGUGUCCCAUGGGUCUCCGAGCAGGCUUGUAUGGGCUGAAUUUAAGUGUCCCGCAGGUUGGGUUGCGAUCAAUCUGCCCUCUACCGAUGGCUUUAAGUGUUAUAGGCUGAUAAGUCUACGCAACCAGGCCGCAGAUAUUGAUGUCAUGUGUGCAGUAAACAGGACCAUGAUGAUGUCACCCGACUGUCGUGAGCGUACCAAAGUGUUGCACAGUGUUGCAAGUGCCUCGUGUCAGGACAACCAAGCGACCCUGGCUACCGUAAACCAGUCUGAUAUACCCCUAAUUGAGCAACAUCUUAAACUAUGGCGGCGCCCUUACGGGCCUGGGGUAAAGAUCAACGUUGAGGAAGACAACAAUCAAGGUUGUAUAUCUCUUCAGUAUGUCCCAGAGAUUAUAGCUUGGGACAAAACCGACAAGGUAACAAACGAAAGGUGGGCGUUCGUUAACUCUUGUGAAGGGGAACUGUACGAGAUGAAGUACAGCUUCUUCCUUCGUGAUUUACAAGAUGCCCUCUGCGUACAAGAGGUCGGGGAACCUCCACAGAAGCCGUCAUGUAACCCGAAUCUUACUUUUGCGUGUAACGAUGGGUGUAUUUUGCACCACUACAGAUGUAACGGAAUACGAGACUGCUUGGACGGAGAAGACGAAAAGGACUGCGAUGCUUGUGUGAAACCAGAACCCGAAGAGGGUCCUAAAGCUUACUUCUACUGUGAGACUUACGACGAUUCUUCCCCAAUGUGCAUACCAUGGGCAAAGUUUUGCGACUUUGUAGAAGAUUGCCACGAUGGCUCCGAUGAAAAAUGGUGCACGCAACACCUGUGCUUGCCGGGCGAGCGGGAGUGCGAUAAGGGACAGUGUAUUGAGGAAACUAAGUGGUGUGAUGGAAUUGUGGACUGCUUAGAUGAAAGUGACGAGCUGACAUGUAAUGAUAUAAUCACGGACGUCAACUCCAACACUUCUUACCAAUGUUUUUCGGGAAAUAUCAUCCCCAUUAAUCAAACUUUUGAUGACGUGGUGGACUGUGUUGGGUUCACCUCAGAGGACGAGAUGAAAGACGGGGAAUACACCAUCUCGGGUGUGAAUGUCACUUGCGACGAAGGCUCCUUUUCCUGUCUUGGAAGAUAUGGAUGUUUUCAGGCCGAAAGCCUGUGUCUCUUUGAUCUUGACAGUUUUGGGCAUCUCGAUCAUUGCCGAACAGGGCCGCAUUUGAAGAACUGCGAAACUUUCAUCUGUCCACCCCAAACACAUUACAAAUGCUCAAACUCGUUCUGUAUACCUUUACAUAGACUCUGUGACGGUACAAAGGACUGUCCAGGAGGAGACGACGAAGGAGAUUACUGCAAAAGAUUUGAAUGUAAAGGUAUGUUCAAGUGUCCCACAGAGAGAAAUUGCCUUCCUUGGGAGAAGGUAUGUGACGGCGUCAUCCACUGCAACAAGACUCAUGACGAUGAGCGAUUUUGCGGGAUGGAGGAGGCUUGUAGGCUGUGUAAAUGUUCAGGUAGUCACGUGGACUGUUCCAAAGGCGAGAGACUUACGUCAAUCCCAUGGGCGACACGAGAACUGCGCGCACUCACGUUUCGCGGGAACAACAUAUCAUUGACAAAUGAGACCUUUGUGCAGUACAGACGCCUUGGUGCCUUGGAUCUGGCGAAUAACAACAUAAAGACUAUACCUAAGGGCACCUUUGACCCUCUCGUUAACUUAAUCGAACUUGACCUGCGAAAUAACUUGUUAACUGUAAUUACAUCCAAAGUGUUCAGCAAAUUGUUCGCCCUACGCAAGCUCAUACUCUUUGGCAAUCCUAUAAUGUUUGUCCAGGAAGGCGCCAUCGCUCUCUGUACCAAUCUGACAUAUAUGAACUUGUCUCAUUUAGAUAUACGAAAUGUAUCUGAAAACGCUUUUAAGUUUGAUGCUGGUAUAAAACCUAGACUCCGGUACCUCAACCUCAGUAAUAACAACUUGAAAACUUUAAGAAAAGAGUCAUUUUCUGGUCUUAAUGUCUUGGAGGAGCUAUACUUGUAUUUGGAAGAAAAUGAUUUGAGUCAAGUGAAAAUUGAUGUGUUUUCAACACUUCCCAAUACUACCAUUCUUAAAACUGACGACUUUAAGUUUUGCUGCAUAGCUAAAGGGUAUGUAGAAAGUUGUGAACCAAGGACGGACCCCUUCUCAACCUGCGAGGAUUUAAUGGCCAAUAUUGGUUUGCGAAUUGCUAUAUGGGUUUUGGGGAUUUUGUCUAUCUUGGGCAAUGCGUUGGUAAUAAUUUGGCGCUUUCGCUCGGAGAGGGGAAAGGUGGUUUCUUUUCUUAUUCAAUCCUUAGGAAUGUCAGAUUUCUUUAUGGGUUUGUAUUUGCUAAUUAUAGCAGGGGCUGAUGUGUACUACAGAAAUAGAUACGCCAUUGAGUCGGACUACUGGCGAAACUCUGGGCUGUGUAAGUUUGCAGGGGUGAUGUCCAUGGUAUCUAGUGAAAUGUCUGUCUUUAUGCUAGUAAUUAUCACUUACGAACGAUUCAUUGUUGUGUUGUUUCCAUUUAAAAUCGAGCGCCGAAUGAAUAUGAAGACUGCUAGAAUAGUUGUCGGAGUUGGAUUUGUGGUCAUAGUGAUUCUGUCAGUUAUCCCAGUUUUGGGGAUGCAGUAUUUUGGCACCGAAGAUUACAUCAAAAACGGAGUCUGUUUGCUAUACAAUUUUACCGCUGGGAAGGUGAAAGGUUGGGAAUAUGCUGCCGCUAUAUACCUUGUGGCUAAUUUUGUCGCUUUUCUUUUCAUCGCUAUUGCCUAUAUCAUCAUCUACUGGACCGUCCGAAGCACUCGAAAACAAGCUGGUAAGGCUUUUGAAGAGGAAGCCAAACUGGUUCGGCGUAUAACAUUCGUAAUUGCCACGGAUUUCUGUUGCUGGAUGCCUAUCAUUAUAACAGGCGUGGUGUCCCUUUUGAAUGAUACCCCUCUCGACCCUACUGUCACAGCCUGGAUGGUGGUCUUUGUAAUGCCACUCAACUCCGCCAUAAACCCGAUAUUAUAUACCUUUUCAACCAUAGGGCGUGAUAACAAGGCUUCAAAAACACAGGUUUACAUGCACCAGGCUCAGCUUAAAAAACUGGAAGACAAGGACAAUUAAGAUUAUUGGAUCUUCAAACGUCAUUGCUGACUUGCGUAGAGAAGCAAAAACCCUAACAGAAAAAAGUUCCCUUCUUAAAUGAUGAUGAUGUAACGAAGGCAAUAGAAUAUGUAGAUU